AUGACUAUCCUCGGUCUCGGUCUCAUACUAAUGGCCACGGCCGUGCCCAUGCAUCUCGCUGAUCAUGUGCCGCCCUUCCAAGUACCCACGUUUAACUACGGAACUCUUUUGUCCGGAGACACGCCCCACGACGUCCUCUCCGCCCUCACCCAGGACGGCAUCAUCAGCCUCGACAACGUCCCUUCCUACAGCCAAGUGCGUCGCUCGUACCUCAACGCGGCUGCUGCGUGCGCCGUGUCCGCUCAAGAAGUAAACGCCGCGUUUCUGCUCCACAAGACGCUGAAGGAUGGCACGAAGCGCUACACAAUCAGCACGGCGUCGGGGCAGGAUGCCGAUGCCAAUUCCACCAUCACCGAUGGGGCCUGUCCCGGGUACAAGGCCGUCUACAAUGAGUUUUCCGCCCUGCUGGAGCUCGUGGUGCUCCACGUCGCAACCGCUCUGGACGCCACCGACUUCACUACGACCGACGGCUAUGGGCAGCCGAUCUCCAGCCGCAAACUCGUGACGGAUGCCGUCCGUCUCGACCAUUUCCACGCCUAUGAAGCGCCUUCCCGGAAGGAACGGAGACGCCUGAGCACCGGCUCUAGUCCGACCGCCACCAACUCGAUUCAGGGUGACGACGACUUGACGAUUGAGCUGCAUGAGGACAGCGGCAUGUUGAUCGCGUUCGCCACUCCAGCUUUCUACAAGGUCAGCAAUGACGGCACGAAACGGACGUUCGAGGCCGUGGCAGCCAGUGGCGAGGACGACUCCGAGUCGGGUCUCAUCAUCCAGACCCGCGACGGCCAGCGCGUGCGGCCCGUGCUGAAGCCGGACCAGGUCACGCUCAUGGUGGGCACAGGUUACAAUCUGUGGGUAGACGCGUCGCACCAGCUCCCAGCCGUGAUGCACGCUGUACGUAUGCCCGAGGUCGAAACGACGUCGACGCAGCGAUUGGUACGCGCCUGGUUCGGCAAGAUGACGUUGUUACCGUCGUAUCAACGCAUGUCGAAGCAAGUGUACUUUGACGGCUACACGAAUCUGACUCGCGAGUACGUGCAGAACGGGUACCAAGUGGACCAUCACGCGGUCGGUUGCGCUCCCGGUCGUCGCCUGAUUUCGUUUGCGGGUGAUGUAUGCAUGUCUAACGUAUGCCAUCCGAAGAAUCCGUCGGAUGAGCCGAAACCUGGUUGCACCACGAUGUGCAAUAGUGAGCAUUUUGUUGGCGGGGAAUGCGCCAAGUAUUGCUCGUGCAGUGGGCAAAAGGUGACAGGGAGCAAGUGUUGGUUUACGUGUGUAGCAGACAUCGCCGAUUGCGCUGGGGGAUCGCAGCAGUGUUCUGGCAUGGGUAAGAAGUGUGUUUAG